GCGGCUGCUGUAUUCACCAAAAACAGAGACACGGUAAGAGAGAGAGAGAAAGAAAGAGAAACGACAGAGACAACAAAAACUCUGUUGUGUUGAUCGAUCCUAGCUACAAACAAUAACAUUCAAACUUUCUUAAAUUCAAACACACGUUUUUUUGUUUGUUUUUCGAUUCAAAAAGGCUGUGAUUGUUUUAAUUAUUUUUUUUUUUGUUGAAUUUGAGGUUGUGAAAUCUACAUGAUCGUGUAGAUUAUUAUUAUUAUUAUUUGAAUUAUUGGUGGAGGUUGAUUUAUUUGGUGGAUUUUUUGUUUCUGAAGAAUGGAUCGAAGGAAAAGUGGGAGUUGGAUUUGUAAGAAGGGUUCUCAAUGUGAAGGUUUAAGUUGGAGGGUUUGAAUUUUUGUUUAUUUUUUAAUUAAUUUUUUUUCGUUAAUUUUUGUUUUGGAUGAUUUAUGCUGGAGAUAGGGAUGCAAUAAAGGGAUUAGGGUUAGGGUUAGGGUUGGUUGGUGGUAUGAGAGAGAUGGUGGAGUCUGAACUUGAAGAAGGUGAAGCUUGUUCAUAUCAGAACCGUGACGAAGAUUAUGACGCCACCGUUGAUCCUGAUGUUGUUCUUUCUUACAUUGAUGUCAAAAUUCAAGAUGUCCUUGGACACUUUCAGAAGGAUUUUGAAGGUGGGGUGUCGGCAGAGAAUUUGGGGGCGAAAUUUGGUGGUUAUGGAUCAUUUUUGCCUACCUAUCAGCGCUCUCCUGUUUGGUCGCAUCCGAGGACUCCACAAAAAAAUCAUAGUCAAAAUACACAACGAUCUCCUAAUAAUUUGCAUCUGGAGAGUGGACAAGGGGAUUCUGUACAAUGUUCGACUGGAACUCAAUUAUCGAGACUCGGCCCAGGUUCUGCUACCUCCUCGAGGCUGGCUGCAAUUAAGGGACUCUCUUUAGAUGAUGGAGCCAAUAAUGAAAAGUGCACAGCAAUCACUAAUGCCGAGGCAUUAAAUCCAAAGUACGAGUUUCCGAACAUGAAAACAGCUGCUAUCAUAUCAGACCAGAAGACACUGAAGGUUCGAAUCAAAAUGGGUCCCGACAAUUUGUCAACACGGAAAAAUGCUGCAAUAUACAGUGGACUUGGUCUAGAUGUGUCACCAUCAUCAUCAUUGGAUGACAGCCCCUCAGAAAGCGAAGGAAUUUCGCGUGGUCCUCUCGACGCUCCCUUUGAAUCUCCUACCAGUAUCCUUAAGAUUAUUACAACCCUCCCUAAGCUGCUGUUGCCUCUUCCUGAUGAUCUCAUUCAAUUAACUGAGAAGGAAAUGCGUAUCAGAGAUAGCAUCCCUGAUCCUAUUCAUAUGGAUGACCUAGAAAGUUCUGGCAUGUUACUGAAUGAAUCUAAUAUUGUAAAAGGUGACAGAAAAUUGUUAGGAGGGAAAAAGGGUAAGUCUCUAGAGGGUUAUGAGUCCUCAAUGGAAGUCAAGAGUGGCAGUAAGAAGAAUACUCGUAAUGAUGUUGGAGUGCCGUCAAGGAAAGAACAAGGUACAGAUGCAUUGACUAUGGAGGAACAAGUUUCGAAAACCAUGAAACUUCCACUUUUGUCCAAUUCAUAUUCUCUCGGUGAUGACUCGGUAAAGGAUGUAGAUGGGCCGUGUAAUUCAUUGAAGGAAGCCAACAAGGGUAUGGUGAAGGACAAAACCUUGCUGGACCAGGCACAAAAGGAAUGUCUGGAUCAGACAUCUUCUGAAGUGAAUGUUUUUUCUGAAAGGGCAAAAGGAGGUUCUGGGAGAAAAGUUGUGGGAGAUAAAGUUUUGCUCGAUGACAUAUCAUUUGAUCCGGUGAAAGACAAUCUUCUGGGAGAUAAUGUUUACAACACAGCAAUAGCUGAAUCUAAUGUUUCCAAAGUUAGGACUGCGCCAAACACUGAAAGCGCAGAGCUUUCUAAGAAGGCUAGUCAGAAAAGUAGUCAGGGCGAACAAGACCGUACAACACUGCCUAUUGUGACAGAACAUCCAUAUCCUGGGGGGAAGAAAAAGUCAAAGGGAAUUCUUGACACCGUGAUUAUAGAGAGGGAAAAAGAAAACACGAAGGUUGGAUCCUAUUCGAUUCCCAAAACAAAAAGGAGUUCUGAUGAUACUUCUGCAUCUAAAAAUGAAAUUGAAGAUGGCAAAGUACAAAAGGGUCUUGGAAAGGCUAAAGACGCUUAUAGAGAUUUCUUUGGAGAAUUGGAAGAAGAUGAGGAGAAAAUUGAUCAACUGGGAACCCCUUAUGAAGAUAAACUUAAGGAAUCUGAGGCGGUUGAGUGGAGCACGCCGGUAACAAAUCUUGGAGCAAAGGGGACAUCGGGUAGUAAGAAAGUUGAUAAGUCAUUGGCAGCUAGUACUGAUGUAGAGAACGGAAAUGGGGUUCCUGCAAUGUUGCCUCCUGUUCAGACGGAAGAUCAUUGGGUACAGUGUGAUAGGUGUCAUAAAUGGCGUCUUCUUCCUGUUGGCACAAAUCCUGAUAGCCUACCUGAAAAGUGGCUGUGUAGCAUGCUUACUUGGCUGCCUAACAUGAACCGGUGUAGUUUUAGUGAGAAUGAAACCACUGAAGCCCUUUUUGCUAUAUACCAAGGGCGACCUCCCCUCGAUGCUCAAAGCAACUUGCAAAAUGUCUCGGGAAGUGUUAUGGUGGGAGGAACUGGAGCAACUUUCCAGCAUCCUGGUCAACAGCUAAAUAAUGAUCUGCAUAGUGGGAAGAAAAAAGUUGCGAAAGAAAUAUCAAAUUCUUCAAAUAAAGAUGGCAUUUCUCAAUCCUCAUAUUCUAUAAAGAAAAAUUUGCAAUCAUCAGUGAAAAGUAGGAGCAUAAAUGAUGUGAACAAAUCUCCUGUUGUGAGUGAGGCUGAUGCUCCAGGGGAGAAGCACAAAAAUAUGCCAAGGACGUUGGAGUACAAUUCUGAUAGAGGUGAUGUGAAGAAUAUGAAAAUUAAAAGUUGUAGGGAUCCUGAUCAAGAUUGUUUGAGGCCAUCCAAAAAAGGUAAGACUGACAAGAUUCACUCCGCAGAUAAAGAGCGGACUCCAGAACAGAAUGGAACUUCUAGGAAGGUCAGUCACAGCUCAAACAACACUUUACCCACUACUUCAGCUGGAAAAGACCGAUCUAGGCAGAAAGGCCGUUCCUCUUCAAGUGACUCCAAAUUGGGAAAGGACAGGCUGCCAGUUUCUGCUGAGAAGAGAAAAGAUAAGGGUCAGGGUUCCUUGGACGAGGGGUCCCUGGAUUUGGGGAACUAUGGUUCCAUUGGCAGUGUGAAAAAGAGGAAAUUGAAGGAGUAUCAGGAUUCUCAAACUCGUAGCACGGGCAAUCCUCGCCUACACGAGAGUAGAAUUUCUGAGCAGGAGUUCAGUGAUUCCAGGAAGGAAAAGAAAGCAAGAAAUUCAAGAUCCGAAGGCAAAGAAUCAAGUGCUAGUAAAGGAAGUGGCAGGACCGACAAAAAAGUUAGUCAUAUAAAGAACCAGAAAUUCAGGCAAAAUCCUGGAAGCAGUCUGUCACAUCGGAGCAUGGAUGGCAUGGACAUUUCGAAAAGGGACUUGGGAUCUGUACAGGUUUCUGUUGCGGCCACUUCAAGCUCAUCUAAGGUCUCUGGCUCACAUAGAACCAAAGCCAGCUUCCAUGAAGUGAAAGGCUCGCCUGUCGAAUCAGUUUCUUCCUCACCUUUAAGAAUUUUAACUACAGAUAAAUUUUCAAACAGAGAAAUUAUGGGGAAAUAUGAGUCUCAUGAUACUGCUGCUGUGGAUAGUCCAAGAAGAUGCUCCGAUAGGGAAGAUGACGGUGCAAGUGAUCGAUCCGAAACGGUUAGGAAAGACAAAUCUUUCACCAUGGCCCCCAGGUCUGAUUUCCAGGGAAAGGGUGUUAAUUAUAUGCCAGAUACUAAGCCUAAAGCUCAAACAACAAGCCAUUAUGCCAAUGGUAGUGUGGACACUAUGGCCGAGGAUGGAACAUAUCCAGGUGCAGAGCAGAUUAAGCAUCAAGGUGAAGUCAGGAGCGAUGUCUAUUAUGCUAAUGUGCCUCAUGCAAGGAAAACUGCCAUCGAAUCAGGUUUGGAGGAAAACAAGCAGGGCUUAAAGCCAGAGCCCCCUGCAGGAAAAGUCAUGAGUGCUAGUUCUCCUAGUCAACUGCCAGAUCAGUCUCCUCUGCGUGAAGGAAAACGUAGGGAUGAAAAAGUUAAGUUGCAGGAGAAGCUUGAUCAGAAUGAGAAUAUAAAUGCCGGCAAAAAGGACUUCACAGGAAAAAAUGAAAGUAGGAAAAAAGAUAAUCACUUAAAGUGGGAGCAUGAUGUUCAAGAGGUUAGUAUUGAUGUCGUAUGCAAACAGGAGUCAUUACAUGCUCCUAGUAAGAAUCAGUUAGCAGACCGCGAUACUGAAAGAUCUUCAAAGAGGUCUCUUUCAGAAAGACCCGAUCAAGAAGUGCUUGGAAAAGGAAAGUCUCAACUUGAGACUUUGAGUCAUUGUCCACGACCUGUCGUUGGUUCCCAUAGAGGGAAUGGAGAUAUGGAAGUUGAUCCGUCCAAAGUUGAUGAUGCGGCAAAGCUGCAAAGAAAGCAAUUCAAAAAGGCUGAUCAUCAAAACGGAACUCAACAAAUUGGUUCCAGAAAUCCGGCACUUAAUGGACACAGAUCCAAGGAGCCCGAAGCCCCUAGUCCAGUUAGAAAGGAUUCUUACAAUCAUGCUGCUAACAAUGCUGUGAAAGAAGCUAAAGAUCUUAAGCACCUAGCCGACCGUCUUAAGAAUUCUGGAUCCACUCUUGAGAGCACUAGUAUAUACUUCCAGGCAGCCCUUAAGUUUCUACAUGGAGCCUCUCUGUUAGAAUCUGGCAAUAGUGAUAACGCUAAACAUAGUGAGAUUAAUCAAUCAAAGCAGAUGUACAGCAGCACAGCAAAAUUGUGCGAGUUUUGUGCCCAUGAGUAUGAGAAAUCAAAAGACAUGGCUUCAGCUGCUCUGGCCUACAAAUGCACGGAGGUGGCAUAUAUGAGGGUAAUAUAUUCUUCACAUAAUAGUGCAAGUAGAGACCGGCAUGAGUUGCAGACAGCCCUGCAAAUGAUUCCUCUUGGUGAGUCUCCGUCAUCAUCAGCCUCUGAUGUUGACAAUGUUAACAACUCUACAGCAGCUGACAAAGUUGCCCUAACCAAGACUGUCAAUUCACCCCAAGUUGCUGGAAACCAUGUUAUUGCUGCACGAAGUCGCCCCAAUUUUGCGAGGAUACUCAAUUUUGCUCAGGAUGUGAAUUUUGCCAUGGAAGCCUCAAGGAAAUCAAGGAAUGCUUUCGCAGCUGCUAAUGCAAACUUGAGUGUGGGCAAGAAUGCAGAGGGUAUUUCCUCUAUCAAGAAGGCCCUUGAUUUUAGCUUUCAAGAUGUUGAGGGGUUACUACGUUUGGUACGGCUUGCUGUGGAGGCCAUCAAUCGUUAAAAGGUCCAAUUAGUCACAAGAUGAUUCUGGCCCAUUAUGAUGUUGGAUCUUAAACCAGUCUUGCGAACCGGUGAAGCUAGUACUAUCUCUACAUAUAAGCUUCCGUAUGUUGUGAAAGAAAGUUUCAGUUUAUGGUCGGAACUUAGUUGCUUUAUGUUGUGUACAAGAAUGAAAUCUUCAGAAAACCUGAGAUGGUAUGGAGCCAUUCAGAAGUCAACUUUUGUAAAGCAAAUUCUGAGCAACUUUGAUAUGUGGAAUGAUGUUACAUCAAGAUUAUAAAUUGAAGAUAUGAUAGGUGGAUACAUAUAGAUUUAGAAGUUUGAAAUUAAUUACCAUCUUUUGUUCUUCUCAUUUUGGAGUUGUUAUUUUGUCAAUUUGUAAAUGUGUAAAAAAUUGAACUUCUGGACAGAGGGAGUUAACUGUAUUCUUGCUUCUACCAGUGGGAACUGCACUUACUCCUCUUCAAGGAAAGUCAAACUAAAGUUGUCUGUCUACUUGUCUUGUACAAUUUUGUUGUUAGUGGUAGAACUAUAUUCUUUUCUCAUUUUCUUGUGGAUAGAGAGAACAAUCAAAAAACAAUAAAGGAGGGAUGUACAACAAGAUUUUUUUUAUGUGGAAGGUGAUUUACUGCCAAUGGUCUUUUUUGCAACUUAAAGGAAGAUGUGAAUGUGUAAAUAAACUUAUUAGGAUCACGUCAGACACUGGAGCGGGUGGUUGCCUCAUGCAAAAGCUAACAGAGUGAGCCACUGAAAUGGAGCUGCAGUACUGCAAACCGACUUUAGUGGAGUUUUUUUAUUGUUAAUAGUAUGUAAAAUAUUUGUAUUAUAUCCCAUCAAGUGCAACUUGUAUCGAACAUUCAAAAUUAAUAUCAAAUUUUGAUCUUUGCAAGUUUAGUUGAA